CGCUCCCAGUCCAUUCCACAUUCCAGGAAUGGCCAUGGAGCUCCCUAACCUGAAAAUGGCGCCGGUCCUGCUGCUCUGCUUCUUGCAGCUGGCGGGAUCGUCGAUGGCCCUGCCGGCACUGCCAGGGAUGGACCGGGUGCGGUGGCAGGUCGACAGGGCGAACCGCCGUGGCCCGUCCAUCGGCCUCGUUAUGUCCUACAUCGACGAGGAUACUGCGCUCCAGGCUUCUGGCUACUUCAGUCCUUGGAGUGUCCAGCCCUUCAUUGACCUCUACGGGCGAAGGUUUCACAUCGGCAGUAUUCGAGGUGUGAAUGUUGUAUAUGCCCUGACAGGACAGCGCAGGUUGAAUGCAGCUGUCACCGUACAAACUCUCCUCGAUAUCUUUAGUGUGUCUGGUAUUGUCCAUUAUGGAACAGCAGGAAGCUCUAAUGAUUCAAUGUCAUUUGGCGAUGUCAGUGUGCCCAAGUUAGUUGCUUAUACGGGCGCUUGGACAUGGAAGAGGUUCAAAUCAUUAAAAGAAUCAUCAACAGAACUAAGCUUUGCAGAAUUUAACGUCCCGAAUGGAGGAGAUAACCUACUAGGGUCUCUGAAAUACAGAAAUGAAGAGCUAUACUCUGUUGGUAAGCCCAUGGAAGAAGUUUUUUGGUUACCUGUAGAUUCAGCAUGGUUCAAAAUAGCAGAAGGACUCAAGGUCAACCUUGAAAGAUGCAAUGACACUUUCUGCUUACCAAAAACCCCACAAGUGGUUCAUGGGCUAAAAGGAGCAUCAGCCGACAUGUUUCUUGAUAAUGCAGAAUAUCGGAAUUUUCUUUUCGGAGAAUUUGGGGUAUCAACAAUAGAUGAGGAGAGCGCAUCUGUUGUGAUGACAGCAACAUCUCCUGGCGUACCUGUGAUUGUUUUCCGGGGAGUGUCUGAUCUGGCUGGAGGGGAACCAACGUGGUCAUCAACAAGCCUGAUGAACCUCGCAUCUAUUAAUGCACUUAAAGUGGCAGUCGAGUUCAUCGCUACAAUUGGCAGGCAGAAGUCAACACCAUCAAUACAAAGUUCUAAUAACUGAAACAAAGACUGCCAUGCCCACUGAUCAGAUCUGCAAUGUAAUUUUAAACACUGCAUGUAUACUACAUUCAGAGUGAGAAGCGAUCCAUCGCUUGAAAUUAUGCGUAA